GGAGGGCCCCUGGCGUGCUGCGUCGUUACUUUUGAAACGACUGGCGGGGAACUUCCGUUGGAGGCUGUGGCGUCGCCGUCCGCCGGGCAGCAGCGCGCUCCCUCGUCCCUAGGCCUGGCCAUGGCGCUGCAGCUCUCCCGGGAGCAAGGCAUCACCCUGCGCGGGAGCGCCGAAAUCGUGGCCGAGUUCUUCUCAUUUGGCAUCAACAGCAUUUUAUAUCAGCGUGGCAUAUAUCCAUCUGAAACCUUUACCAGAGUGCAGAAAUACGGACUCACCUUGCUUGUAACAACUGAUCCUGAGCUCAUGAAAUACCUAAAUAAUGUAGUGGAACAACUGAAAGAUUGGUUAUACAAGUGUUCAGUUCAGAAACUGGUGGUAGUCAUCUCAAAUAUUGAAAGCGGUGAAGUCCUUGAAAGGUGGCAGUUUGAUAUUGAGUGCGACAAGACUGCAAAAGAUGACAACACACCCAGAGAAAAGUCUCAGAAGGCUAUCCAGGAUGAGAUCCGCUCCGUAAUCCGACAGAUCACAGCUACCGUGACGUUUCUGCCACUGUUGGAAGUCUCUUGUUCAUUUGACCUACUGAUUUAUACAGACAAAGAUUUGGUUGUACCUGAAAAAUGGGAAGAGUCGGGACCACAGUUUAUUACCAAUUCUGAGGAAGUCCGUCUUCGUUCAUUUACUACUACUAUCCACAAAGUAAAUAGCAUGGUGGCCUAUAAAAUUCCCACGAAUGACUGAGGAUGAGAUAAGGACAGUGAUGUACUUGUAGUUCUCAGAUGCAGUUUUCCUGAAACCAAGUCAACUAUAGUUGAUAAAUUUUGUUUCACUGGUUAAUUUUUAGACUGGGAAAACUUAACAUUAUACAUCUAUUGAACUGUGCAUAAUUGUUCCAUUUUUUUGUUACCUGUAUGACUUUAUACAGGGUUGGCAUAAAUUAUUGCAUGUUGUUCAAAAGGGAACUAGCAGAUCACAUCAGCAUUGUUGUCAAUUCCUUGAAAGUGGUAACUGUAGAUGGAUAACUUUUGCCAUAAAGCUAAAUGCCUUCUUAAAUCAGACCUUUUGGUCAAGUACUUUGACUCUGGAAUAUAGGCAGGGAGAUAUUAAAUGUAAAAUACAGUAAAAGAAGUCUGAAUAUUGAGAGUCUUUGUUUAGAUUCUGAAAUUAUCUAAUGAUAAUCUGCAAGUAAUGAAAAAUUGCUCAUAAUAGGUCUCUGCCAUUUAUUUUAUUUGUAUAUUUUCCAUAUUGAAAACAUUUCCAAUUAUUUGAUUUUAAUUUGUUGUAGAACUCGAACCUACAAAGCUAUGUAUAUUGCCACUGUUUAAAUUCCUGUGAUACAGAACUCUUAAAUUUUUUUUAUGUUUUAUAAAAUCAAGCUUUAAAUCAUGGUGAAAUAAAGUUAAAUAUGUAUGUUUAAAA